GUCGGAGGCUGAGGCUGCCCCUCCGUCCAGGCGCCCGCUCUCCUCCCUCCGUCCCUCCGUCUCCUCGGAGCCCUCCUCCGGCGCAGCUGUGGCGGGAACGGCCGGAGCCCGAGCCCGAGCCGGCCCUUCUUUCCCUGCUGCGUCUCCCUUCCUGCGCUCCCCCUUUCCCCCCUGCUCUUCCUCCUCCUCUCCUCCUCCUGCCUUCUUCCUGGGGGGCUGCGGGGCCCCCGAGCCUCCCUCCAGGAUGAUGAUGAUGUCCCUGAGCAGCAAGCAGCCCUUCGCCUUGGCCCACGAGGCCAAGUACGCGCCCUGCCCCUCCUCGGCCGCCGCCCCCUCGGCCCCCUCGCCCGCCCUCCUCCUGGCCACCGCCGCCGGGGCCAACGGGGGCAACGGCCGCAACGGGGGCCUGGCCAGCCCCGCCAGCUCCAGCGCCGCCAGCUCCGCCAGCAACACCAGCUCCACCAGCAGCACCAGCACCAGCUCCACCAGCAGCAGCAACAACGGCAGCAGCAACAGCCGCGCCUGCCUCCCCACGCCGCCGAGCAACAUCUUCGGCGGCCUGGACGAGAGCCUGCUGGCGCGGGCGGAGGCGCUGGCGGCGGUGGACAUCGUCUCCCCGGGCAAGAGCCACCCUCCCCCGCCGCACCCGGCCCCCCCUCCUCCGCCGCACCCGGGGCCGCACCACAGUCCCUUCAAGCCGGACGCCACCUACCACACCAUGAACACCAUCCCCUGCACCUCGGCCGCCGCCUCCUCCUCCUCGGUGCCCAUCUCGCACCCCUCGGCGCUCUCGGGCUCCCACCCGCACCCGCACCAUCACCACCACCACCACCACCACCCCCAUCAUCCCCACCACCACCACCACCACCAGCCCCACCAGGCGCUGGAAGGGGAGCUGCUGGAGCACCUGACGCCGGGGCUGGGGCUGGGGGCGCUGACGGGGCCCGACGGCUCGGUGGUCUCCACGGGGGCGGGCCACGGGGCUCACCUGGGGCCCGGCAUGAACCCCAUGCACCCGGCGGCCCUGGGCAUGGCCCACGCCUUGCCCUCCUCGCACCUGGGAUGCCUCAGCGACGUGGAGGCCGACCCCCGCGACCUGGAGGCCUUCGCCGAGAGGUUCAAGCAGCGGCGGAUCAAGCUGGGGGUGACCCAGGCCGACGUGGGCUCGGCGCUGGCCAACCUGAAGAUCCCCGGCGUGGGCUCCUUGAGCCAGAGCACCAUCUGCCGCUUCGAGUCGCUGACCCUGUCGCACAACAACAUGAUCGCCCUGAAGCCCAUCCUGCAGGCCUGGCUGGAGGAGGCCGAGAAGUCCCACCGGGAGAAGCUGACCAAGCCCGAGCUCUUCAACGGCGCCGAGAAGAAGCGGAAGCGCACCUCCAUCGCCGCCCCCGAGAAGCGGUCCCUGGAGGCCUACUUCGCCAUCCAGCCCCGGCCCUCCUCCGAGAAGAUCGCCGCCAUCGCCGAGAAGCUAGACCUCAAGAAGAACGUCGUCCGGGUCUGGUUCUGCAACCAGAGGCAGAAGCAGAAGCGGAUGAAAUACUCCGCCGGGAUUUAAAAACUCUUUCAGAGACAAGAAAAAAUCCAGUCAGCCUUCAAAGAUGAGAAGAAGAACCAUCAUCACCAUCAUCCUCACAAUGCUUCUUCCUUUCAAAGCAUCAAGAUAGUCUAAAGUCACAGUCAAAGGACUUCUCUUUCCCCUUUGCAGGGAUUGCCAUAGAAGAAACUUCCCCCCAAAAUAGACAGCAUCCGACAAAAAGACUGCUUCGGAGGAGAAGGAAAGCCUCCGACACCAAGAAAGUCUAAAGUCACAUUCAAAGGACUUCUCUCCCUCUUUGCAGGGGCUGCCAUGGAAGAGAAUUCACAGAUCUUUCUGUUUGCGGGGGAUGCUAAAGGGGAAAAAUAUUCAAGGGUCUAGAAGACGCUUUUCUUUCUCUCUUCAGGGGCUGCCAAAAAAGAAACCAAGAAAGCACCCGACAGAAUAGAGGCAGAGAGACUGCUUCGGAGGGAGAAGUUGAAAACCCUCCAAAUAAAAGUUUGUCACCAAGAAGCAAAAGUCAGAUUCAAGGACCUCGAAGUCUCUUCUCUUUCCCUUUGCAGGGACUGCCAUAGAAAAAGACUUUUCCACCAAAAAAAGAGAGCAAAGAGGCAGAGAGACUGCUUCGGAGGGAGAAGGAAAGCCUCCUCCAACUGAGAGAAAGUUUGGCAGCAAAGAGGUAAAAAGUCAAAUUCAAGGACCUAGGAGACUCUUCUCUUUCCCUUCGCAGGAGCUGCCAUAGAAGAAACGUUAAGAAAAAGAAAGCACCCGACAGAAGGAGGCAUCAAAGAUUGUGUGAAAGCAGAUAAGAAAACUCUGGACGCCAGGAAUAAACUCUUCUGGAACAUGGCCGCAUUGUCCGAAAAAGCCGGCUUUGAAAGCCUUCGACUUCACAGCUAAGAAACCUGUUUAUUUAAAUGAUAGUAAUAAUACUGAUGACAAUACUAAUGGGGGGACUGAAGACGUGACCAAGUAAGAGUCGUGGUUUUUCUAUUCUUAAAGGUAACAUUUAAAACAAAGAAAAGGUGCUCUUUGCAACUAUUUUUAAUGGUGAUGAUUAACUGGUUAGAAAGACUGAGAGACUUGAGAGGUGAAAGCUAUGAGAGAGAAAGAGAGGCAUCUCGGAGUAUUUUGGUUUUUUUUAAAAGAGAAAACAAAUAAGGAGGCAGGUUUUCUGCGGGUAUAAAUAUAUAAAUAUAUAUAUAUUUUUCUGUGGUUAUUCUCCGUUGGUUUCCUUCUCUGGAAAAGAGAAGCGUGGAAAAGGAUGGGUGGGGGGAAAGAAAGGGACGACGACCAUUUCUCCUGCUGUGCUCCUGGAUCUUUUAAGAGCUGUUAUUUCGAUUAAUACUGCCAAACUUGUAAAUUAUUAAUUUUAAUCUCUCUAGCGACUUCUUCCUUUUGUGCCCAUCCUAAUUAAUCGGUUCAAUUCAUCAAAGUCUGGAUCAAAAAGUCAAAAGAGAUUGGGGAGGGGAAAAGAAAAGAAGAGUCGGGUUGGUGUAAAUUGAUUAAUUUUAUGUUUAUGA